GUUAUUUACGGUGAAAACGCAGGUGGGCCGAUUUUUUUUUUUUGGCCGGCUUCGUAGAGCGUUAUCUCUGUCGCACACUACCUAUGUGACGUUUGUCAGUCGUUGUUCAAGUGCGAUAAAGUGCGGUCGCGUCCAGUUCAAAAUAUAUAUUAAGAGUUGUUAACACCCCCAAAAAAUAAUUUAAAAUUGCACAAUGGCAUCUUUAGGAAAAAGAGGGAAACCUUUACGAGGUCAGUCACGCGAAAUUAUCUACAAUGUUUAUAAAUAUUUUGUAACCGAAGGUGACAGAUUAAAAAAAAUGAAGAUGAAAAUGUAAGUUAUUAUUUUAAGAAGGUUCAAGAGCGAGUUGCAAAUGCCACUGGAAUUUCAAGAAGAACUUUGAACAAUAUAUUAGGGUGAAUAUACGGUAUUUGAAUUCUGAGAGUCAAUAGAAAAAUUUUAUAUUAAAACUUAUUAUAUUAUUGUUUCUGUAUGCUUAAACAAUAAAGAAUAUGGUCUUUUAUUUGGCCCACAUAGAUAGACUAUGUGGGCCAAAUCAAGGCAAUUGUUUAAUUUAAGGCAUUAAUAGUUUAAAAUAGUUUUAAAUGUAUACUCCUCUGGCCUUUCCUAUUAGUAGAUUAUAAUGCUUUUAUGACCAGAUACUUUAAAUUCGAAUGCCAUUAUGUUGUUUUUAAUAUGAUCUUUUAUAAACAUCGAAACAUAUUUUAUCAAAAUACACUGUAAAAAUAGUUAUUUUAAAUAAAAAAAAUAACUUGCAUUCAUGUCACGUUACAAUAAUGUCACUUGCAUCUGGCGAAACUCAAAGAAGUAAAUGAACUAUGCGCGUGCAACAGUGUGAAGUUAGAAACAAGCUAACGACGUUGAGCAAAACUCCAUUAAUUUUGCGUCAGUUUACGAUUCAUUGUAGGAAAGUGUGUUUGUGCCAGUCGUUGGAGUAUUUCCUUUGGUAAGCAAAUGUUUUUGUAUUUUAUCGUUACGAAAUUGUAUAUUUGCCUAAUGCAAUGUUUAUUGUGUGUAGUUGUCAUGUAUUACGUUAAACUGUGGUUAGAAAACCGAGUGAUCGUUUUUUGUAGGUUAUGUGCAAUUUUGUCACUUUUCUGGCGUCACUUCUCUGGCAUAUUUCAUGCCAGAGGAAAUACAUAAUCGCCAGGAAAGUGACGAAAGGACAAUGGGCGGAAUCGUCCCCACCCAUCAACAAAAAUGAAAUGUAGCUCAAUUGACACAUCUUGGCAAGAUGAUAUUUUUUUACUAUGGGGACGUUGCUCAAAUUAAUUGGGUUCUCAUAGUAACUAACGUUUAAACAAAAUAUUUCGUUUAAGUAUUAUUGACGAGUAAUUGUAAAACACCUACUCAUUUAUCUAUUCAUUAGUGCACAGUGGUGGCGCAUGCACACAAACCCCGCACCCCCACCCUCGCUCCUACGCUUGCGACCCUAUUCGUCGGCAGGUAGUCGCCCGAACCUUAGUCACGGUCAGUUUGUUGCAGUGUUCGUUCGUAUUUAUUUAUCUCUGUCUUAUCGGUUUUUACUUUACAACUACGACCCCUGCUUAUUUACUGGACUGAUUGAUAGUUUUUCGAUUGACCCUGGCACGAUAACGGACUUCUGUGUAUUAUGGAAACUGGACGGCGGUGUAUAAUGUGCCCGCGAUCUGUCUUGCGACAAAGGCGGCACGUUUUGGAAGAGGCGUUAAUUGAAAAUGAACCUGAAUUAGUCAACCAUAUUUCACAAAAUGCACUGAUACAGGUAAAUAACAUCUUUUAUAUAUAAAUAUAUAACUACAUAAUAUGUAAACUGUGUAUUUAAUUCAUAAUAUUAAUAUCUGUGUUUUCACUACAAAUAUUUAUGAUAUGUGCACCCUCCUGUAGCACACCUUCAUUUUUUUAUAUUUAUUUCGUAUUAGACUACUAUUGUAUACUUUGAACAAUCAUUGGGCGAUAACUAAUAACAUUACUUACACCAAUUAUCUAGACCCAAGCUAAACAUAGUUUGUACUAUGAAAACUACGUUACGAAAUACUUAUAUAAAUACAUAUUUUAAUAUGUUUUAUAAACAUAUGUGACGCGGAAAACACGUCAUAUUCCAACACAAAUACUCGAACCCUACGAGAUUUGGCCACGCGAAAAGGUUAGUUCUGAUACUCAUCGAGAUUUUUUAUGUUCCAGGUUGCAUUCAAUAACACUAUGGCAGUGUGCCAUAGAUGCUGGCAAAGAGCUAACAAUGCUGCGCGAAAAAGUCGCAUCGGAAAUACAGACAAUGACGUCCCAGGUCUUGAAGUUCAAAGAAACGCAGACGAUGUCAAUGUACAAAACGUCGUUGUUGAAGAUCAUCAUGAUGUUGAUGAACAAGAUCAGGUGUUGGACGAUUUAGGAAAUCAAGAACAGGACUUUUACGUUCGCGAUUAUGUGAGGGCACCAAAUUCUUCUCGCAGCUGCUGUUACAGACAGUGCACAAACGAAAACCUAAGGCGAAUUCCUACUUCAAUGAAAGUGUAUUUGGUAUGUAACUAUCGCCUGUAUAUUCCACCGAGUGCGCGAUUAUGCCAAGAUCAUUUAAGAAGUACUAACAUCGACGAAGUAUUAGACAACAUCAACGUUACGAAUUAUUUCAAUUCUUCUUUUUUUUCGGACAUGACGAACAUGUUGGUAAAUGCCAUUAACAAUGCCCCUAGUUUCGAUUUUGAAUCUGGACUUAAUGCACAGGAAUUACAUUUUUGGACCGGUUUGACAUUAGAACAGUUUGACGCUAUCUUAAUGGAAACACCGAGUCUAUCAGAAAGGUCCCGUCAUCCACGUACAGUGCUAGGUGUGUACUUAACUAAACUCAGAACUGGUGAAUCUAACGAGCCAUCGUUUUAAACAAAAGGUGUGAAUGAGAUAGACAUAAGUAAGUAUACGUAAAUUAUAUCUAUUACCGGGUUUAACUUAUCAGUUCACUCGUUUUAUGCAUAGUGCAAGGUCGUUGCAAUGUCGGGUGAGGGAUCUUCUAGUGGUGCAGUGAAUUUAAAAAUUGUUAAUAGUACACGAGGCGGUGAAAUUUUAUUACGCGCUGGGCAUCAAUAUUAUAAACAGAAAAAUAAUAAGGACUCAAGUUGGUGGCGCUGUGUUAAUAGAAAAGAUGGAUGUUCAGCAAGUGUAACUUUGAAUUCAAAUCGAAGCCAUGUAUUAAGAGAAAAUGCUCACUGCAGUUCUUGUAUUCCGAAUUUUGAAAAAAAUGAAGUGAAAGUAGCCAUCGAAAAAUGUAAACAAACUAUAUGUGAAGAUCUGAAGCCGAUUCCAGCUACAUACAGGAAAUGUACUAAAAAGCUGAAAGAUAAUGGUUAUGAAAUUAUUAAAAAAUUAAAAAAUUUUGACAAAGUUAAAAGCAGUUUGUAUAGACACAGAAAUAGACAACUAGGAAUCACAAAAUCUCAGCACUCUAACUCUACAGAAAUCGUGAUUCCUGACCGUUUUAAAGACAAUUUAUUGUUUGAUGAGAUUGACGGUGAAAAUAGAAUGAUUGUGUUUGGUUCAAAGAGUGCAAUUGCACAUUUAAAUGACGUCCGUCACUACUUUGCGGACGGAACGUUCAAAUGUUGUGCAAAGCCGUUUCUUCAACUAUACGUUGUACACGGAGACAUAGGAAGUACAGAAACUGGGACAAAUAUUGUACCAUUUUUUUAUGCAGUGUUGACAAACAAAGAAGAAACUACAUAUGAAAGACUGUUUUACAAACUAAAAUUUCAUUUACCAGAAUGGACAGCCGAUAUUAUUACCUUGGAUUUCGAAAAAGCUCCAAUAAAUGCAAUUAAAACGACAUUUCCAAACAUAAUUGUUAAGGGGUGUUUUGUUCACUUUGGCAGAGCGCUAUUAAGAAAGGCAAAAUCUCUUGGCUUAUUACAACAUGAAGAAUCUCACUAUCACGUCAAACUAUGUAUGGCUCUGGCACAUUUACCAAAAGAAGACAUAAACGAUGGAUGGCUAUACGUUAUGAGUUUAUGAGUCAAAGGUAAAUUAAUUUUGCAGUAUUGAAAUGAACGCGUUUAGUUCUGGAUAUUUCUUCUACCGCCAUUUUCUACAGCCAUUUUUAUGCGUUAGAAACUAGGUAAUAUAUGGUUUUUCGUAUCAUAAUCUUCAACGAAUUAAUUCUGUUACAGUUUUAAAGAAAAAACUAUAACUGAAUUCAAUGAUUACUUUGUGGAUCAGUGGUUGGAAAAUGAAGAUAUGAUGAAUAUUUGGUGCUGCUACGCACAAAGACACCGCACUACAAACCUCAUGGAAUCUUGGAAUUGGAGUUUCAAUAGUGAAAUUGGAAAAAGGCCAUCAAUUCUUUUAUUUUUCGAAACGAUAUCAGGCAAUAUUAAACAUUAUGAAAAUCUUCUGAAAAGCUUUUAUAAUAAUGGAGAAAGUAUAUCAAAACGAAGAAAAAAAUCUGUCCAAAAUGAUAUACGAAUUAACAAUAUUCUCGGCGAUUACAAAAGUGGAAAAAUAUCAUUGGAAAAUUGUUUGAACGAAUUAUCAAGAAUUGCUUGUAUCACUUUAUAAUUUAUUGAUUUUUAACUUUGUAGU